AUUUAGUCAGUCGGUUCGACGAAGAAGAGAUGCCAGCAGCAGAGCGUGUCUAGAAAGUCAUAAUCUAGAGCAGAUAUUUCGCAGGGGGAAAACCCAUUUGCUGCUGUUCGGCUCCCAUCCACAUUUUCUAAGAUUUCAAAAAUAUGGAUGAGCAGCAAUCGUCUCCUGCAGCCAAUACGGAGAACGCCAGCCAGAGAAAUGGAGAUGAGAAGACGAGACGUGCCAACUGGACCAAAGGCAGGAAGAGGAAGAAGCCCAUGAAGGACAGGAACGCGCCCAAAGCACCGCUAACGGGCUACGUUCGCUUCAUGAAUGACAGGCGCGAGCAGCUGAGGGCCGAACGUCCGGACGUGCCCUUUCCGGAGAUCACCAGGAUGCUGGGCAACGAGUGGAGCAAGCUCCCCCCUGAGGAGAAACAGCAAUACUUGGAUGAGGCGGACCGUGACAAGGAGCGCUACAUGCGGGAGCUGGAGAAGUACCAGAAGACGGAGGCAUACAAGCAUUUCACCAGGAAGGUGCAAGAGAAGCAAAAGGGCAAGCGACACAGAGGCGAUGCCGGGAACCAGGCGGCCAACGAGGCUCUGCACGAGAAAGAUGCAGAGGGGAAGGACAGAACCGUGUUUGACAUCCCCAUCUUCACAGAGGAGUUCCUCAACCACAGCAAAGCUCGCGAGGCCGAGAUGCGGCAGCUGCGCAAGACCAACAUGGAGUACGAGGAGCGUAACGCCGCGCUCCAGAAGCACGUGGAGAGCAUGCGCUGCGCUGUGGAGCGCCUGGAGGGUGACGUUAUGCAAGAGAGGGGGCGCAACAGCCUACUCCAUCAGCACCUGGACACACUGCGACAGGCGCUCGCCUCCAGCUUCUCCUCUGUGCCUCUGCCAGGCAGCGGAGAGAUCCCCACCCUUGACUCCAUCGACUCAUACAUGAAGAAGCUGCACAGCAUCAUCAUGAGCAACCCCCCGGAACACGACAGCCUCAUCAACACUGUGAGAGACCUGGUCAACCGUUUGGACAGAUAAUUGCUGCACGGCCGAGUGGGAGAGAAGCACGUCAGCAUUGAUCCUUACAGCCAAGCUCUCCCAAAAAUGAACAUUUAAUACUCUGCGAAGGUGAUGAUGAUGUAACUCCACAUAUUUAUUUCUCCUUUUUUAAUAUUCAUUUUCCAAGGUGUUAUUUCAUGGAUCUAGCCAGAGUUUUGUCACUUGUCAGUGAAACACUCAAAUGUUGUGAAACAAUAACCAACAUCCAACAAAUGUGUCCCCAGAGGGGAACGUGUGUUUGUAUUCUUAAAAAAAAAAAAAAAAAGUAAUAAUACUUAGUGGUUUAUAUUUUGUAAUGGUCUGUUGAAGAAUGUGCCAUUUAUUUUCUGUAUGUGUGGUUGUGUUUUCAAUAAACGUAAGAA